AUAAAUUAUUCCCUAAAUUAUUAAUAAUAAUCGUGUGUAGCUUCUGCUUUGUUUUUAAAGCCGAAAUUUUCUCAUUGAUUGAUAAAAUCUGAUCUGGAUCGAUUAGUUUGGUCUGGUGUGUCUGAAUGCGCAGAUAACACGCAUGGUGGAUGAAACAUGUUAUCAAGUAACUGAACCCUGAGUGUGUUUAGCGCCUUAUAUCUCCAUUAAUCCACCACCUGUGUGUCCGCCUGGAGUCAUGCUGCCUCUGAAGGAGAAGGAUAAACCCAUCGUCCAGAAGCUGCUGUCGUCCGGCUGCUGUCCUCGCUGCGUCCUCCGGUUCUGCUGCGUCAGCGUCCAGGCUGCCUACAGAAAACCCCCACAGGAUACACUCAAGGAACUUCAAGCGUUCAUCAGCAACACGGAGAACGGCAAAUCACAAGAACCAGCAGCUGAAUCCACAGAAGAAAACAGCAAAUCCCAUGAUGCAGCAGUGUCAGAACCACCUGAAGGCCCUCCGAAUAAAAAGGCCAAACUGGAGCCCGUUGGGACCGGCGCUCCGUCAGAGGAAGACUGCUGCGCUGCUGCUGAGGACAAACUGAAGGAUGAAGAGUCCAGUGUGUGUGUGGCGUGUUUGGGGAUCCUACAGGAACUCUGUGACCCGACUCAGGCUGUAAAGAUAGCAGAGAGAGUGAAGGCAGGAGAGUACGAGUUUGACACCCUGGUGCUGUCGGUGUCUCUGCCAGCUCAGCUGUGUGUCCGCGAGCACUCCUGCUGGCUUCACAUGAAGAAGGAAUUGAGAGAGAAGAGCAUGGCGGUCGACAAGGACGACGUCAUCCAGGUGAAGGAGGCCUUCAAGUGGAUCAUGCAGGGCCAGGUCGCCAAGGAGCUGGGGGGAGUUGCCGUGGUUACCAGGAGUUUGUUCGAGGUCAGUGUGGAGUUCACUCACCCAGAGACGGACGCCGACUGCCACUUCCUAGCAACGACGUGUUCCGACUGCUUCAAACCCACAAAGAACAAACAGUCGGUGUUCACCAGGAUGGCCGUGGUCAAAGCUCUGGAAAAGAUAUCCGACACCGUUUUCCUAAAACAUUACGCCUGUCCGCCAGCGAGGCCGACCAGCAGCUGCAUCCCUCAGGACGUCCAGUGUCUCCACAUGUCCAUCUUCAUCGCAGGGAGGUACAACAAGUUCAGCCGCGCUCUGCCUCAGACGCCGUGGGUGAUCGACGGAGAGCGGAGGAUGGAGUCGUCGGUGGAGGAGCUGAUCGCGGCGCCCGUCCUCUCCUCCUUCCGAUCCGACGGAUUUAAUUUCUCCUCGUCCGGCCGGGAGGACGUGGACGUCCGGACUCUUGGAAACGGUCGUCCGUUCGCAAUGGAGCUGCUGAAUCCUCACAGAUCCAGACUCAGCAAAGCGGAGAUGAAGCAGCUGCAGGAGACCAUCAACAAGUCUUCAGACAAAAUCAGGGUGAGAGACCUGCAGAUCGUGUCCAGGGAGGCCAUGAGUCGCAUGAAGGAGGGAGAGGAGGACAAAACCAAGUCGUACACGGCGCUCGUCUGGACCCAGAAACCCAUUCAGAGAGAAGACAUCGCCUUCAUCGACGACAUCAAGGAUCUGACCCUGGACCAGAAGACCCCUCUGAGGGUUCUGCACCGGCGGGCUCUGGCGGUCCGUCAGCGGGUCGUCCACCGUAUGAACACGCGCUUCCUGGACUCUCAUCACUUCCACCUGGAGCUGAAGACGCAGGCCGGGACCUACAUCAAAGAGUUCAUCCACGGAGACUUCGGUCGAACCAAACCCAACAUGAGUGUUCUGCUGAAGACCGACACCGACAUCCUGGAGCUCGACGUGGAGUCUGUGGAUGUGGACUGGCCUCCGUCCAUACCGGAGUGAACCCCGCCGGCCUCCAGUCCUGUUUUCUGAGCAGCAGGAGUGGAUCCAGUGUUGGGAGCACUGGGACCAAACCAGUCGACCCGGUUCAGAGC